AUGGCCGCGACGCGUCGGCAGCCGCCGUUGCAGAUUUUCGAAGACCCCAACGUCUCCACCGCCCACCAUGACAUCGCACAAUACGCAUCGCACACUCUCGAGCCCCAUGGCCCCGUCACCGACGUGUCAGUUGAUCACCACACUCUCCUCCAGCCGCCAGAAGUCUUCACCCAGGCCCCAUCGCCCAAGAAGGGCCGACAUCCUUCCAGUUCUCCGCCACCACGCGCUCUGACCGAAAAAGGACUCAACGCGGUUGCUCUUCCUCGUCCCCCCGAGCAACUAUUCCGCACCGAUGCGCCUGUGAAGCGCGUACAGCGACCGAUUCCAAAGCAAUCCCAGAUGAUGGCCGCGACCGGCGCUCCCGUCUUCACCAACUUCGCGUCGCAGCUAGCUCAAUUUGACAAAGAAAACCUGGUGCCAGAGAGCUCAAAUGCCGUCAGCCGUAAUUUCUCCACUGAGGCCAUCAAGCCAGCCAACAAGCGCAGACUCUCCGACGCCGCACCCCAACGUGAUAGGAACAAGAAAACCAAGGUCCCAACGCCGCGUUCCACCCAAGAAGACGGCCCAUUACCCGAACCUCAUGAGAUGCCGCCGGUCGAGGACGACGGCACCAAGCCAUUGUAUAGCUAUGCGAAUCUGAUCGGAAUGGCCAUCCUGAGAGCCCCCAACCGGCGACUGACCCUUGCUCAGAUCUACAAGUGGAUCUCGGAUACAUUUGCCUUCUACCGUAAUCAACCCGACUGCACCGGCUGGCAGAACAGCAUUCGCCAUAACCUUAGCAUCAGCAAGUCCUUCUCCAAGCAGGAGCGACCUAAAGAUGACCCCGGAAAAGGACAUUACUGGCGUAUCAACCCAGGCUUCGAAAAACAGUAUUACAAGUCCAAGCCCGUUCGGCGCCCUACCAACCCGGACGGCUUUGUGCAGACCAAUAUCAGCGAGCUGGCGCGCCCCAUGUCGUCGUCGGCGAGCUUCCCGCCCCUCAUGAGCACCGUCAAGAGCAUCGACUCGAGCAAAUUCCCGGAGGAGCCUGAACUCUCAUCGGACGCCACGAUCCCUUGCUCAGACCCGACCUGCCACGAUGGGGUUGAUCCAGUUCCCGCCAAAGCUCCGACCAGGGCAAUCCCAUCUUCUCCUCCCGCAGCUGAUAUCAAAUCAUCACCGCCGCCGAUUGCACGUGCCGCUCGUGAGGACACGCCUCCGCGCAUUCCCGCUCCCCGGCUCCCCAGCAACAGCAGGUCGGGUGGCCGCAAACGCAAGUUCGGAUUUGGUGACAGCGGUUACUACUCCUCCAUCGAAUCAUCAGCUACCAAAGGCCACCCCUUGGGAACGCUGUUGACCUCUGAAGCAGAUGCUGGCAAUUACAGGCUCAAGCGCGGUCGCGCCGAGGAGGAGAUCGUCCGUAUCCGUGGCUCAUCGUAUGACUCUCCGACGAAGAGCAGACCAACCUUCAAGCAUCCUGGUGAUGCGCCGCUCGCGUCUUCUCCGCUCCGAGCGAACCAGAAGCUUCCUGAAGGGCCACUCACCCCCGCAGUCGUCUUCAAACGACCUGCUCUUCCGCCAGCUUCUGUUUCCCCCAACACGAAUUUGCGUAACCAUCGCAACCGCAUGCGCGAGCUCGUUGGAUCUCCGGAUAAGAACAUGCCCGUUUUGAAUAACAACACUUUCUUGGACAGUCAAUCUUGGAGUCCCGCUGUUCAGGGUCCCAAUGACGAGAACGUCAAUCUGGUGGGAGAUGGUUUCUUCACCACGUUCGAUAUCUUUGGCGACUAUCCUUACCAGGAGUCACCACUCAAGCCAUCCGCAAAGCGUCCCCGCCUUGAACGUGCCGCCACCACCUCUAGCAUCUUGGCUGAUGUUACCGGCGUCGACAAGCACUACAACACCGCUUCACCAAGGCCGUACUUGCGCUCCCCCUUCCACGAGCUUCCUGGCUUCUCCUUGUCUCCUCUUCGGCAGAACUCGCCGAUGAAGGCACCCACAUCCGCACCAGUACCUGAGCUGCCUGUCGCUCCUACUUCGACAUUCACAACCACAAACUCUGGCUUCGGGCUGAAGCCAACGUUUGCGGCUGCCUCGGCUCAGAGCGCGCCUGCUGACGAUGACCUCUUCAACCUCCUUCACAGCGAUGAGUCGGAACCUGGCAUUGAUCUUCUCAAAGGGUUUGAGAAGAUCGGUGCACGAAGCGCCGUCGCGCCGAACGGGUCUCCAACCAAAGUUUCGCACCCCGGCUUAGGGCGCAGCUCGACGGCGCGCUUCUAG